GAAUCAGUGAAAAUGUCGGUUCUGAUAUCACAGAGUGUGAUAAACUAUGUAGAAGAAGAAAACAUUCCUGCUCUGAAAGCUCUUCUUGAAAAAUGCAAGGAUGUAGAUGAGCGAAAUGAGUGCGGCCAGACCCCACUGAUGAUAGCGGCCGAGCAAGGCAACCUGGAGAUUGUGAAAGAGCUGAUCAAGAAUGGCGCAAACUGCAACCUGGAGGAUCUGGAUAACUGGACAGCACUUAUGUCAGCUGCUAAAGAAGGACAUGUGCACAUCGUGGAGGAACUUCUUAAUUGUGGGGCUAAUUUGGAGCACCGAGAUAUGGGAGGCUGGACAGCGCUCAUGUGGUCAUGCUACAAAGGGCGCACUGAUGUAGUAGACUUGCUUCUUUCUCAUGGGGCCAAUCCAAGUGUCACUGGUCUGCAGUACAGUGUUUACCCAAUCAUUUGGGCAGCAGGGAGAGGCCAUGCAGACAUAGUGCAUCUUUUACUGCAACAUGGUGCUAAAGUCAACUGCUCUGAUAAGUACGGCACCACCCCUUUGGUGUGGGCAGCACGCAAGGGUCACCUGGAAUGCGUCAAGCACCUGCUGGCCAUGGGGGCUGAUGUGGAUCAGGAGGGCGCUAAUUCAAUGACUGCACUUAUUGUAGCAGUGAAAGGAGGCUACACACAAUCAGUAAAAGAGAUUUUGAAGAGGAAUCCAAAUGUGAAUUUAACAGAUAAGGAUGGCAAUACAGCUCUGAUGAUUGCAUCGAAGGAAGGCCACACAGAGAUUGUACAGGAUCUGCUUGACGCCGGCACGUAUGUGAACAUUCCGGACAGGAGUGGAGAUACUGUGUUGAUUGGUGCUGUCAGAGGGGGUCAUGUUGAAAUUGUUCGAGCACUUCUACAAAAAUACGCAGAUAUAGACAUUCGAGGACAGGACAAUAAGACGGCUUUGUAUUGGGCUGUUGAGAAAGGAAAUGCAACGAUGGUGAGAGAUAUCUUACAGUGCAACCCGGACACGGAGAUCUGCACAAAGGAUGGCGAGACACCGCUUAUAAAGGCCACCAAGAUGAGAAACAUUGAGGUGGUGGAGCUGCUGCUGGACAAGGGGGCGAAGGUGUCUGCUGUGGACAAGAAAGGAGAUACUCCCUUGCAUAUCGCUAUCCGGGGCAGGAGUCGGAAACUGGCCGAACUGCUUUUAAGAAAUCCUAAGGAUGGACGAUUACUUUAUAGGCCCAAUAAAGCUGGCGAGACCCCUUACAACAUUGACUGCAGCCACCAGAAAAGCAUUUUAACUCAGAUAUUUGGAGCUAGACACUUGUCCCCGACGGAGACAGAUGGCGACAUGCUCGGCUAUGACCUGUACAGCAGUGCGCUGGCAGAUAUUCUCAGUGAGCCCACCAUGCAGCCCCCCAUAUGUGUGGGUUUAUAUGCUCAGUGGGGAAGUGGCAAGUCCUUCUUACUCAAGAAACUGGAAGAUGAAAUGAAGACGUUUGCGGGACAGCAGAUUGAGCCUCUCUUUCAGUUCUCGUGGCUGAUCGUGUUUCUCACGCUUUUACUUUGUGGAGGGUGCGGCUUACUGUUCGCUUUCACUGUGGACCCGAAUCUUGGAAUAGCAGUGUCAUUGAGCCUCUUGGCUGCUUUAUAUAUAUUCUUUCUUGUGAUUUACUUUGGUGGACGAAGAGAAGGAGAGAGUUGGAAUUGGGCCUGGGUCCUCAGUACUAGAUUGGCAAGACACAUUGGCUAUUUGGAACUCCUCCUCAAAUUGAUGUUUGAGAAUCCACCUGAGCUGCCAGAGCAGACUACCAAGGCAUUACCUGUGAGGUUUCUGUUCACAGAUUACAAUAGGCUGUCCAGUGUAGGUGGAGAAACGUCAAUGGCUGAGAUGAUUGCUACCCUUUCAGAUGCCUGUGAACGAGAGUUUGGCUUUUUGGCAACAAGGCUUUUUCGCGUCUUCAAGACUGAAGAUUCACAGGGUAAAAAGAAGUGGAAGAAAACGUGUUGCCUCCCUUCCUUUGUCAUCUUCCUUUUCAUCUUUGCCUGCAUUAUUGCCGGGAUUACGCUUCUGGCCAUAUUCCGAGUUGAUGCCAAACACCUGACCGUGAAUGCUGUUCUGAUAGCCAUCACAUCCGUCGUUGGACUGGCCUUUGUGUUGAACUGCCGGACCUGGUGGCAAGUGCUGGACUCUCUUCUGAAUUCCCAGCGAAAGCGGCUACAUAACGCCGCCUCCAGGCUGCACAGACUGAAAGGUGAAGGGUUCAUGAAGGUCCUUAAGUGUGAAGUGGAAUUGAUGGCCAGAAUGGCAAAAACCAUCGACAGCUUCACUCAGAAUCAGACAAGGCUGGUAGUGAUCAUUGAUGGGCUAGAUGCCUGCGAACAAGACAAAGUGCUUCAGAUGCUGGACACUGUCCGAGUUUUAUUUUCAAAAGGCCCAUUCAUUGCCAUUUUCGCAAGUGAUCCACAUAUUAUUAUAAAGGCAAUUAACCAGAACCUCAAUAGUGUGCUUCGUGACUCAAAUAUAAACGGACACGACUACAUGCGCAAUAUUGUUCAUUUGCCUGUUUUCCUUAAUAGUCGUGGGCUAAGCAAUGCAAGAAAGUUUCUUGUAUCUUCAACAACAAAUGGAGAUAUUCCAUGUUCAGAUGCUACAGGGUUACAGGAAGAUGGCGACAGAAGGGUUUCACAGAAUAGCCUCGGGGACAUGACGAAACUCGGCAGCAAGACAGCCCUCAAUAGACGGGACACGUACCGGAGGAGACAGAUGCAGCGGACCAUCACCCGGCAGAUGUCCUUUGAUCUCACAAAACUGCUGGUGACUGAGGACUGGUUCAGUGAUAUAAGUCCUCAGACCAUGAGAAGAUUGCUUAAUAUUGUUUCUGUGACGGGACGAUUGCUGAGAGCCAAUCAGAUUAGUUUCAACUGGGAUCGCCUUGCUAGCUGGAUCAAUCUUACUGAACAGUGGCCGUACCGCACGUCAUGGCUCAUUUUAUAUUUGGAAGAGACUGAAGGUGUUCCAGACCAAAUGACGUUAAAAACCAUUUAUGAAAGAAUAUCAAAGAAUAUCCCCACAACAAAAGAUGUUGAGCCACUCCUUGAAAUCGAUGGAGAUAUUCGUAAUUUUGAAGUGUUUUUGUCCUCGAGGACCCCAGUCCUUGUUGCUCGAGAUGUAAAGACCUUUUUGCCGUGCACUGUGAACCUCGACCCCAAACUACGGGAGAUUAUUGCAGACGUUCGUGCCGCCAGAGACCAGAUUAAUAUUGGGGGGCUUGCCUAUCCCCCACUACCAUUGCACGAGGCUCCUCCCAGACCCCCAUCCGGGUAUAGUCAGCCUCCAUCAGUGUGCUCUUCCUCCACGUCGUUCAAUGGGCCGUUUGGAGCUGGAGUUGUGUCCCCACAGCCACACAGCAGCUAUUACAGCGGCCUGACGGGCCCUCAGCACCCAUUCUAUAACAGGCCAUUCUUUGCCCCAUACCUUUACACGCCACGGUAUUACCCUGGCGGUUCCCAACAUCUCAUCUCACGUCCAUCAAUAAAAAUGAAUUUGCCCAGAGAUCAGAACAAUGGCCUAGAAGUUAUCCAGGAAGAUGCUGCUGAGGGCCUCUGCUCCCCCACAGACUCCUCGAGGGGGUCGGGCCCACCCUCUGGACCCGUCGUCGCCCUGAGUUCCAUGACUGUGGAUGCAGUGUGCGAGAGGCUGCGGCAAAUCGAAGGCCUGGACCAGAGUGUGCUCCCUCAGUACUGUGCGACCAUCAAAAAGGCAAAUAUAAACGGCCGUGUGUUAGCUCAGUGUAACAUUGAUGAACUGAAGAAAGAGAUGAAUAUGAAUUUUGGAGACUGGCACCUGUUCAGAAGCACCAUCCUGGAAAUGAGAAAUGCAGAGAGCCAGGUCAUCCCUGAAGAUCCCCGUUUACUGAGUGAGAGCAGCGGCGGCCAGGUGCCUCCUGGGGAACCCACUCGUCGUGCUGCCCACGGCGAACUGCCCCACACCGAGCUUGCCAACCAGACGCCCUACACACUCAACUUCAGCUUUGAGGAGCUGAACACACUGGGCCUGGACGAAGGUGCCCCCCGACACAGUAACCUAAGCUGGCAGUCACAAACUCGCAGAACGCCGAGUCUCUCAAGUCUCAACUCCCAGGACUCCAGUAUUGAAAUCUCAAAGCUGACGGACAAGGUGCAGGCUGAGUACAGAGACGCCUAUAGGGAGUAUAUUGCCCAGAUGUCGCAGUUAGAAGGGGGGCCGGGCUCCACGGCCAUCAGUGGUCGGUCCUCCCCACACAGCACAUACUACAUGGGCCAGAGCUCCUCGGGGGGCUCCCUGCACUCCAGCCUGGAGCCGGACAAAGGGAAGGAGGGUGAGCCGAAGCAGGAUGAUGGGCGGAAGGCGUUUUUAAUGAAGAGAGGCGACGUCAUCGACUACUCGUCAUCAGGACUGUCCACGAGCGACGCCUCGCCCCUGGACCCCAUCACCGAGGAAGAUGAGAAAUCGGAUCAGUCCGGCGCGAAACUCCUGCCGAGCAAGAAGCCCUUGGAGAGGUCCAGUCUCUUCCAGACCGACUUGAAGCUCAAGGGCGGCGGACUGCGCUACCAGAAGCUCCCGAGCGACGAGGAUGAGUCUGGCACGGAAGAGUCCGACAACACGCCCCUGCUGCGAGACGACAAGGACAAGAAGGCCGAGGGCAAAGCGGAGAGGGGGCCGAGGUCCCCAGAGCCCAGCACGGAGCCCCUCCGAACCUUCAUCAAGGCCAAGGAGUAUCUGUCGGACGCGCUCCUGGACAAGAAGGACUCCUCCGACUCGGGGGUGCGGUCCAGCGAGAGCUCCCCGAGCCACUCGCUGCACAACGAGGCGGCCGACGCCUCCCGGCUGGAGCGGGCCAACCUCAUCGAGCUGGAGGAGGACCCCCGCGGCGGCGGGGCGCGCCGGGGCGUGCCGCACAGCCUGAGCGGGCUGCCGGACCCCCUGGUCGCGCGGAUGUCCAUUUGCUCCGAGGACAAGAAGAGCCCGUCCGAGUGCAGCUUGAUAGCCAGCAGCCCGGAGGAAAGCUGGCCCGCGUGCCAGAAAGCCUACAACCUGAACCGCACGCCCAGCACCGUGACGCUGAACAACAACAGCGCCCCGGCCAACCGGGCCAACCAGAGCUUCGAGGAGACGGACACCGCUCAGGUCGCGCCGAGGCCGACUGCCGGCCCCAAUCCCAACGCCAUUCAGAAUGAAAACCUGAAGAGCGUGGCCCACAAGCGGAGCCAGCGCUGCAGCUACACGCGCCUCUCCAAGGACUCCGCGGAGCUGCGCGCCGUCGCCCCUGCGGACGGCGCGGGCUUCGGGGAAGAACGCGAGAGCAUCCUCUGAGCGGGCUGGUCCCAAAGGAGCGGGGGACCAGGCUCGCUCCAGCCUCCUGGGGAGACCCCAGAGGCGCGCCACCUGUGGCCAUUUCCUUGGCAAACCAUUAGCCAGCGAUGAAGGCUUCAACAAGCUAGAACCCUGUAGGGCACCAGGAGAACGUCCGAGUCAUCAGCCUUCGUUGUCUUGGUAACCAGAAGCCGGAAAACUCCCUACCGUGAUUACACCGUCCAUGGGCACGUAACCCAGAGCAUUUUGUUUGAGAUGAGAAAUCUGGUAUAAAGACAGGUCAGGAUGAGAUUUAAGGGCGUAAUGUACCUAAUGAAUUUUAAAAAGCCGGAGAUUCCCUUUGUGGUGCAUCCAGGAAUCAAGCACGGAGGGCCUGCUGUAGAAGACACGGGGUCAGAUGAACCAGAAGCAACGCUUGCUUUUAAGGGUUUUAACCUCUCUGUUAGAAUUUAGAUUAACUGAAAACCAGUUUUAUGUGUAAUAGACAAACUUGAUCAAAGAGGUUUUAAAUUUUAAGUAAAAGCAUAACCGCUUUAAAAAUUUAUAAAAGUGAAACAAAUGGUUAAGGAGAAACAUCGAUAAAUGAAUGAACAGUAGUCAGAGUGGCAGUUCCCCAAUCACGUGGAGCCAUAAUGAGUGAGCUUCUGCCCUGCAGCUCCCCAGGUGUGUGCCCAACCGUGCUCAGCAACAGCGGGAGAGUUAGGAAGCAUGGCGUCUCGCUCAGGGGCCCGGAGCAGCGGUGGGCACCGUAGAUCAUGUUGCCUGAGUGGGAGCUCUGUGACGAUCCCGGGAAGAAGUUGGUAAAAGAAUCAUGAGGACAGAGUGUAUCGACAGCAUCUACUCUGAAAUCAGCAACUGAUUUGAAGGGGGCAUCAGAAGCAUGAGACUCGGAAACUUUUAUAGGAAAUAAGUAAAUGUAACAGAGCAAGGGCAAAAAGAAUGUGAGGCGUGACUUGAUAGGUCCCUCUUCUUGCUAGCAAAGUUAAGAGAAUAAACACAUUUCAGUAUCAUGUGGACUAGAAAUGCCCCGUUAUCAUGCAGUGGACAUAUUUUGUCUUUUUAGGUUGGCUUGUUAAUGUAGAAUUAAUGACAAUAGGUCACAGAUAGAAAGGAUUUUAGACGGUGAGGUUGUAGACAUAUGACUCUCUAACCUUAGUGUUGACGUUUGUAUGUGCCUCGCUUACUGGCGUUUUCUCAGUCGUCUGAAGAAAUUAUGUCCUGGUCACAUUAAGGUGGUCUGGUCAUCGCACUCCUUGGAUGUGCUCGUGUGUCAUUGCCCUGGUGGUUGCGAGUGGCAAACAGUCUCAUUUCCUGUUUCUUUUGCACGUCCUUUAGCAAAGGCUUUCAACAAUGUUUUAAAAGGCAAGCUGUUACUAGCAUUACACAUCCAAGUGUUAGCAUUUUCCUGUUGAUCAGUGUAUAAAAUGGUGUGACUAGUGAUUAUUUCAGAUGCAGUAUUGCCCUCCCUGUGAAAUGAGUCGAGCAGUCCAGUGUCACUGUGGCCUGCUCUUUAUCCUGCUGUGAGAGCAACGCUGGCGUAUCUAUCACAUGUACCUGAAGACCUAGCAACAAUAAAUAUAUAGCAUGGCA